CCGACAGUUUCUUCCGCCUUUCCUCUCGGAGGGCUUUAGCGGAGGCCGCAUCGAGUUUUUUCUACUGUUGCGCGAACGUCACGCUAUCAGUGUCUCCUUCUUUUGCUGUGAGCCAGCAGUGUAAAAAAGAGUUCUUUCCUUUUCCUUCGGGCUUGUCAAGGCUGUGUUCGCUGACUGGUAGCUGCCACCAUGCCGAAGAACAAAGGAAAGGGAGGUAAAAACAGACGAAGAGGUAAGAAUGAGAAUGAAUCUGAAAAAAGAGAAUUGGUUUUUAAAGAGGAUGGACAAGAAUAUGCCCAAGUUAUCAAGAUGUUGGGAAAUGGCAGACUGGAGGCAUUAUGUUUCGAUGGUGUAAAAAGGCUGUGUCAUAUCAGAGGAAAGUUAAGAAAAAAGGUUUGGAUAAAUACAUCAGAUAUCAUAUUGGUGGGUUUAAGAGACUACCAGGAUAACAAGGCUGAUGUCAUUCUAAAAUACAAUGCAGAUGAAGCCAGAAGCCUGAAGGCAUAUGGAGAACUUCCAGAGCACGCCAAAAUUAAUGAAACUGAUACAUUUGGGCCUGGUGAUGAUGAUGAAAUCCAAUUUGAUGAUAUUGGAGAUGAUGAUGAAGAUAUUGAUGAUAUCUAAAUGGAACUGAGAGGAAUACAUCCCAACUUUCCACCUCAAUUGUUUUGUUUUCAAAUCCUUAUGCCUAAGAAGACUGAAACUGCACAUUUGUAGUUACAGUACAUCAAUAUGUACCCAAUGUUUAUUUAUAUUUCUUUAAAAACAGAAGUUCGACUAAAAAAUUUAAUCAAAUAAUACUGCAAUUUUUAUCUCUACAAUAGACUCUUACAUCUGUAUGUAAAUACACAUACUAUAAACUCUCACACUGGUUUAUCUGUUUUCAUCAAUAAAUAUCACUAAGACAUAUUUUUGAAAUAAAAAAUAUUGCCCUAUAAUUAUCAAGAAUUUUGAUUAAAUACCAAUUCAGGUUAGUAUUCAGUUGGCAGGUAUACUGUAGUUUCCUGGUGUCCCUUGACAACAAAGAAUUCAUUAACAAAUGUUAAUAACUGAAUCUUUUCUAUAACUUUAGUUGCAUGUGUUUUUUUUACAGGAUUUAAUCAUUGUUUCCUUUUCACAGAUAAUAUUUCCAGAAUAGAGGAAAAAUAAAUUUCCAAAAAUUGUAUAUGUUUGAAUAGCUAUUACUUUACUUCAUUACUUUAACAGACAUACACUUGCCAGAUAACCCUUUAAAAUAUUUUGCCCUUAUAAAAUUAAAUAUUUCUGUAUGUAUGUAUAUGUCUGUACAUAUAUAUGUAUGUAUACAUAUAUACAUAUGCGUACAGAGAGAGAGAGUGUGUGUGUAUGUUUCCAUGGAUUGCUUAGGGAGAAUUUGGCUUGGCUUAGAUUCAUCCUUUCUUUCCUGAAAAUUGCUGUAGCGAUUUGGAAGUGAUGUGCUCAAAUGGCAGGAGGGAAAAAAGGCCGGUAUCUACUAUAAUAACAGGAAUUGAUGCCAUUUGUGGAAGGGCAAGCUUAGAUUCAAUUCAGUUAAGUAUUUUUGCAUCACAAUAAGUUGAUUAGAAAGAUUUCAUUUUAGUUUUAGAUUGAGCCUAUUAUGAGAUACAAUUUGAUAAGCAAUUUUGUAUGCUCUCUUAUCAGAAUAUGUAAAUAUAUCAUUCUGAAAAUCUGAAUACAAUCAAAGAAACAAAUGAAUAGUUUCAAGUUUGAGUAGAAGUAAAGACCUAAACUUUCAGCAAAAAUUAAUAGUCAUGAUAUAUUUAUACACAUUGAAUUGAGUUUGGUUGUCCUUAGUAUUAUAUUCUGUAUUUUCUGAGUAAUAUAUAGACUAUAACAGUUCACCUAUGAAAAAUGUUCAAAAGCUUAGUGUUUUUUUAACAGAGAUGAUAGUUAUUCAAAAAUCUGAAUUCUGAAUAUCACGUGCAUUUUGUUGCAUUUGAUUAUAACUGCGUUAUAUACAUUGUUCACAAAUUAUGCUGAGCUGUACAAUUUAACAUUGCUUAUCUUGUGGUAUGAACAUGGACAAAUAUCGGUCAAAAAGUAAUGGCUUUUUGUGCUAGACAAAUACAAUCUUGCAUUACUAUUUAGUUAGCCAUGAAACAUUGAAUUCUCAAGUUGAGAGCUCUCAAGUACUGAAGUUCCUACACUGCUUGCUACAUUUGCUAUUAAUCAUACCAAAUUUGCUAUCAUGAUAACAAAUACUUUAUGUGGAUAAGGAUUUUAUCAUGUUGCAAAUGUGGGAGGAAAAGGUUUUUUUAAACUUACAAAGCCUGUCUGUUGAACCCUGUAUAUGCAUUGUGUCAAUUAGCUUUUUGAUCUUUAAAUAAUAAUAGAUGAGAAUUUAUUUGGAACUGAUGACUGAUAAAAAUGCAAAAUUACAUUACAUACACUCUUCAGAAACAAAACCAGAAAUGCCUGGAUGGAAGAAAGUUGUAGAUAUGGAAAUACUGAAAGCCUUACCACUGGUAAUGUUUUUAUUAAUGCCAAAAUUAAAGUUGCAUCGAAUGGUUUGACUUACA